GCAGAAGCAGCUCAGCGCAGUGCUGCCGCUCAGCUGAUGCGCUCACAGCACACCGACCUCGACUGUUUUUUUUCCACUUCUUCUCUCCGCUGUUUGCCUCCAGCCUGUCUGUCGGCCGGCUGGAUCGGCACCGUCCGGCCCAACAGAAACUUCCCGAUAGAGGAAGCUGGUACAGGAGCUCCGUACAGCAGCAGAGAGGUGGUAAGGAGGGAGUUCACGGAGCUCGGGCUGCACUGUGGGGCUCAGGGGAGGGAUGGUGUGAUUCUGAGACAGGGAGGAAGACGCUCCGGCAGCAUCACCGAACCCCCUCCACCUCCUCAGCCCCUACUGUCUGGCUCUCCUCAAUAACACCCUCCUUCAGUGGGGACGCUGAGGGUCGAGGGGUGGGCUAGCUGACCAGGAAACAUGUCACAGACCAGGAGGACCACAUACACCCGGACCACCAGCAGUGGCAGCAGCAGGAUGAGCUCCGAUGGGGGCGCGGCGGCCCGUCAAAGUGGGCUCCCUGGUGGAGGUGAUCGGGAAGGGGCAGCGGGGCACCGUGGCCUACAUCGGCACCACGCUCUUUCGCCUCCGGGAAAUGGGUCGGUGUCAUCCUGGAUGAGCCCAAAGGCAAGAACGACGGCACGGUGCAGGGAAAACGCUACUUCACCUGCGAGGAGAAUCAUGGGAUUUUUUGUCCGACAGUCCACAGGUAACUAACAAGAUUAUCAACUACAAACCUAAUCCAGGACUGUUUGCACCUCCACCUACUAUUUGUUGUUUUUUUCUAAGAUACUUGAGAUUUAGUUUUCCUUUUAUUUGACGCAGUCUGUUUGUGUGGGGGUUGAUAUUUUCCUCUGUUGUCUGCAGGUUGCCUACACUUUCCUUUUGCUUC